GUAUGCGGGUUUGGAAAAUUUUCGUCUUCCUCGUCGAGAAAAUUCCCUUGUUCGGUUUCCCUUUCGAAAUCUAAAACUUUGGCUGGAAUAUCUGAUAUUUAUCGAAGACCCUCUCCAUUACUGAUCAUCUCAAUGGAAACCAGUGAUUUUCAUGUAUACGUGUCCAACUUCGACUCCAAAAUCCUGAAUUUCCAAUGGUGAGUUGAAGAAUUUCUCCUGAGAACCCUUUUCCCCUCUCCCCCCAUUUACCCGGAUCGUCAAAAUUCCGCCAUGGAAACAACCGUUCGAAUCUUCAGUACUUCCGCUCUGAAUCGUCAUCUCCUUCUCAGCAAAGCGAGUGUGAAACCAGAGAGCCAUUAUCUCAGAUUCCCUGGUCAGCUCUGUCUUCCCAGAUACAAUGGCGUUUCCCGAGAAUCCGCCAUCUCCCCCGCUCGUACUCUGUGCUAUUCGCUUUCUCCGGCUUCUCCGUCAUCACCCAUUUCACCGAAUGCGAAUUUCUUCAAAUCUCUCAUGUCCCUAACGUCAACGUUUCAUCUCGAGAACUCCACCGUCCACAGCAACCCGUUCCGACCCGGCUCGAACGACGCCUUAUGGGUCUGGAACCGAGCCCCGAAGCGUGUCGUCGACGGAGGAAAUGCGGCGUAUUUCGGCGGGAACAAGAGAGAGACGACGGUGGUCCUCCUUGGUUGGUUAGGAGCGAAAACGAAGCACCUAAGGAGAUACGUGGAGUGGUACAACUCCAUGGGGAUUAACGCCGUUACUUUCACAGUCGACGUCAGGGAUUUGCUCUGGCUAGAUCUUGGACGGCGGCUUGAACGGCGGUUAACGGAACUGGGGAACGAACUGGUCAAAUGGGUGUCGGAGGAAGAAGACGAUGGUGGAGAACGGUGCUUGGUUUUCCACAGUUUCAGCAACACUGGUUGGCUUGUCUAUGGUGCCUUGCUCGAGAGUUUCAGAGGCAGGACUGAUUUAGCAGAAAAGAUUAAGGGAUGUAUCAUCGACUCGGGAGGAGCAGAUCCCCUUAACCCCAAGAUAUGGGCAGCUGGUUUUACGGCUGCUAUAUUGAAGAAACGUAGCUCCACGGUAAACCCAGAACCAAACAAUCCCGAGAAUGACGCCACCAAAUCAAACCUGCGAAAGACGGGGCCUCUAAGAAUCGAGACUAUGAUGCUGUCGUCUCUAGAGAAGUUCUUCUCUAUCUUCCUACACUUCCCUGACAUAAACAUGAGGCUGAAGAGGUUUACCGAUAACCUAUACGAAAACCAUCCUCCAUGUCCUCAGCUCUAUCUAUACAGCUCCGCAGAUAAAGUUGUGCCAUUUCAGGCCGUGGAGCUUCGAGUCCAGGAACAACGGAAGACGGGAAGAAAGGUACAUUCUUUCAAUUUCGGGUCAUCCCCACACGUUGAUCACUACCGGAAUUUCCCCGACUUGUACUCCUCGCAUCUUCAUGCAUUCCUGCAAGAAUGCUUCGCCGCCGCAACGCAAGAAACAUGACAGGAAAACCCCUUCUCACUGUUGCUUUGACUUCAAGCUCCAAACAGAAUCCUUUUAAUUUUUUUUUUCGGAGUUAAGAUUGAUUCUGAAUGUGGUUCAGGAUUCUUGUAAACCAGAUCGGUAUAAAUACCAUCGAAAACCAGACUUUAAGGCAAUACCGGUUGCAAUU